AUGAGUACCACUGAAGAUCGAGUUGCUGCUGCAUCGCAGCAAGUGAGCAAUGCAGGCUCCGUCGCCGCGAAAGGGCCCCAGGCCUUGUCUCGCGGCGACUUCCUGCUCGCCUCGUCCUUUUUCUUGCUUGUGGGUGUUAACUCUCUGAUUGCAUGGAAUAUCACGUUAAACUUGAACCCGUACUUCAGUACCCACUACUUCUCCGGCGAGGAGUGGGGAAACACACUCCUGGCGAUGUUCCAGCUCGCCUGUGUGUUUUGCCAGCUUUACCUGUUGAAGUUUGGAACUGGUGGCCCGAACAAGUUGUACUUCUACUACGCUGCUGCCGUUAAUGUCGUCACCUUCGUCGUCUUCACCCCGCUUGUCGUCUACCUGCCGCAAACAGCUGCAAUUGCCUGCAUGCAUAUUUGCUGCUUCUUCCUCGGUAUCGGAUGCGGCGUUCUCCAGGGUGGAGGCUUCCCGUAUGCCGCCUCUCUGCCCUACAACUUCUGUGGGUUCAUCUCCACAGGUCAGGGUCUGGCGGCGAUCCUCUCGUUCGUUUGGAACACAUUCUUCGCGUUCGUCUGCUUCGAUCUGGACACCCCGGAAGGCGUGGAGAAGAUGGCCUGGGCCUCGUACUGCUUCGCGGCGUGCCUCUCUGUUCUCUACUUCGCUAUGUUCCUGGUGAUCCUGAAGAAGCCGUGGGCUCAGUCCCCAUUCGAGCGCCAGGUUCUCGAGGAUGUCGGCGCCAAGGGCGACAAGGCGAUGCAGGCCGUGGACGGCAAGAAGGGAGACCGCGAGGCGCAAUACGAGCACCAAGAUGACGGCACCUUUGCAGGCACCGCCCACACGUCGACGGUGGACGUGGAGAGCGGCGAGAGAGUUGACGGCACGGAGAAGCGACCUGCGCGGGUCUUCCUGCUGUGCGCCGCGCCGCACUUCCUGAACAUUGGUGUUACCUUCUUCAUCACACUCAACAACUUCCCCAGAAUCGGGCCGGUCGGAUGGAACUACAACCAGCAAAUCGCCAACCACUUCAUCAUCCUCUUUGGUGCCUACGCCCUGGGUGAAUUCGUGGGCCGAUUCUUCCCGGAUUUGUCCCAACUCUGCCCGAAGUACUUCUCCUGGACCAUGAUCCCGCCGAAGCUGGUCGUGCCGUUGGCCUUGCUGAGAGCUGUGUUCUACGUCCCCUUCUUCCUGGGCUACAAGCUGCACGACACCCAAGUCGUCAACGACUUCUGGUUCUACUUCAUCAUCAUGCUUCUCUUUGCCUUCACCCACGGCUGGUUCUGCACACUCGGGUUCGUCUACUCGAUGACGUCUGUCCGCGAGAGCGAGCGCGGUGUUACAGCCCCCCUCAGCGUCUUGUCCCUGAGCGCUGGUAUUCUCGCUGGUCUGUACCUCGCGCUUGCUUACUAA